AUGGCCUCCAAUCUGGAUAUCGUUGAUGAUGCCGACGGCUUCCCCUAUGAAGAUGCAACAUCACAGGGCCUCUACCUCUUUCGUGUAGCGGGCCUUUCAACGACGUUGGGAUAUAUCCUACCUUUUGUCUUACGCAUCCUUAGGGAUUUUCCAGGAUGGAGCGUUGACGAAGAACAGCGGACUGUAGUGCUUGAAAGUGGCCAGACUGUCGAAGAGCGCAGCGCUGCCAUUCGCACGACGAUUCUAGCAAUGUACGAAAAAGGAUGUUUCUCGAUCCUGAAAGGCUGGCGCGACGAGACCUUUCCAGUGUUCGGCGCCAACCAUGAGGUUGUUCUUCACAUUGAGCGUUGCGCUUGCCCCUUGUUCGGGGUCGUCACAUACGGCGUUCAUGUUAUUGCGUAUGUUCCCGCACCGGCUGAUGACGGUGCGAUGAAAAUCUGGAUCUCGCGGCGAGCACGGUCGAAGCAGACAUUCGGUGGGAUGUUGGAUAGCACUGCAGCUGGCGGUGUGGCAUCUGGCGAGACACCACUGAGCACAGUUCUCCACGAGUGCGGCGAGGAAGCUUCACUGCCAUCUGAUCUUGUACGCAGGGACGCGAAAGCAAUUGGGGCCAUCACACACUUCUAUGUUCGCGAUCGGCGGUCGGGAGGGGAGGUGGGAUUAUUACAGCCGGAAUGCCAGUACGUCUACGAGCUUCCGGUGCCAGCUGAUUUGGUAUGCAAGCCAAAUGAUAACGAGGUAGAGGCAUUCCAGCUUCUUACUGUCGGCGAUAUUAUGGCAGCGCUGGCCAGGAGAGAGUUCAAGCCCAACUCCGCUCUAGUGAUGCUCGACUUCAUGAUUAGGCAUGGAGUCGUGACCAGUGAGAACGAGAAGGACUACCUGGAGAUCAUGGCACGGCUUCAUAGACGACUAGAGUUUCCACUGAGGUAA